CUUAGCCUCAGAAUAUCUAGGGUUGCAAAUCGGAGUCGAGAGGAAAAGAAGAAGACGCGAUCCAUGGCUUCGAAGAUCUCUCUCAAGGCCAAGGGGAAGGCCGCCAAGGGGACGGAGGAGCGAUCGGCCGAGAAGUGUGUGAAGGAGUGGAGCAACUGGGCGAUGAAGAAGGCGAAGGUGAUCGCCCACUACGGCUUCAUCCCCCUCGUAAUCGUCAUCGGCAUGAACUCCGAGCCCAAACCCCAUAUCUAUCAGCUCCUCAGCCCGGUUUGAUCACAGUCUCACAAUGGGAAUUUCUUAGCUGCUUGAUUUAGGGGUUGAUUCCUCGGCCGCGCUCCUGGAUCAGACGGUGCUAGUAAUUCGUGUUCGCUAUCUUUCCUGCGUAGGAUUAUUACUUCGAAUAUUAUUAAUUUUUCAACCAUAUUACACUUGCAUCUGAUCACUUGGAUGUUGUCAUGCAUAAUUGUUUGUGCUAAUCCAUCUGGAGAUGUGGAUCUAGUUUCCUUUGUUAAUGUGAUUGAUAUUCUUGAA